UCGAAAUGUAUACUAUUCAUAUAUUGAAUAUUAUUUAAAUGAUCUUCGUGGAAAUGUUAUGUAUGUUUGUCUGUAUUAUAUAAUGUUUGCUGUUUGCUGGGUGUGGUGAUGGCGCGUGCCAAGGCUGCAAGGCCUGCAAAUGUAUCCGGACACUAAUAUAGGUCAACUCACAUUACAGUCCCUGUCUGUAAGAUGAUACCUAAUGAAUAGACCUACUAUGCACCACCCACACUCCAGCACCGCCACACCCUGCAAUGAGGCUGCAUCAUCACAGGUGUCUCUUGUGUGAACACCACAUGAUUCAGGUUCCUGUUUCAAUGCCUAUCCAUUUUGCGGUAAAACACGGUUUGUGAUCAGGGAUGAACUGGUCAGGACUUGAGUCCCUUCUUAGCGGGGUCAAUAAAUAUUCAACAGUUUUUGGUCGAGUGUGGCUGUCCGUGGUGUUUGUGUUCCGUGUUCUGGUGUUUGUGGUGGCAGCUCAGCGCGUUUGGGGCGAUGAGAGCAAAGACUUCGUGUGCAACACCAGGCAGCCCGGCUGCGCCAACGUCUGCUACGACAGCACCUUCCCCAUCUCUCACAUCCGUCUGUGGGCCUUACAGCUCAUCUUCGUCACAUGUCCGUCACUCAUGGUUGUAGCCCACGUCAAAUACAGAGAGGAAAAAGACAAGAAGUACACUGCUGUCCAUGAGGGCAACCAUUUAUACGCCAACCCUGGAAAAAAGCGCGGUGGUCUUUGGUGGACCUACCUUUUUAGCUUGAUCUUUAAAGCGGUGUUUGAUGCUGCCUUUCUCUAUAUUCUUCAUCACAUGUAUAAAGGCUAUGACCUCCCCCGCCUUAUCAAGUGCUCGCUGGACCCUUGUCCCAAUACGGUGGAUUGUUUCAUCUCGCGCCCUACAGAGAAGAAAAUCUUCAUGAUCUUCAUGGUGGCCUCCGCUGCUCUCUGCAUCUUCAUGUGUAUCUGCGAAAUGAUUUAUCUCAUUGGAAAGCGUAUACUGAAAUACUGUAUGAUGCCACAAUCACCACCGCAACGAUCUAAAAGACCUGAUCCCACUCUCUCCAGCAGCCAAAACUUGGGUUCACAAAAAUUAAAGGACACCAAAAUGGACAAGACUGCUCUCUGAUGACAGCGGUAUGUUGCAAAACAGGAUAUAAAAAAGCCCCAAACGAAUAUACAUAGAUAGAUAGAUAGAUAGAUAGAUAGAUAGAUAGAUAGAUAGAUAGAUAGAUCAUAUUGAAAAUAAUAUUGAUAAAUGAAAAAGGCAUUUUAGACAUCAUGCUUAUUUUAAACAGUGGUAGAAAUAUUUUUUAUAAAAUGUUUUUAUUAUCAUCUCUAAGAUUUUCACCGCAUAUUUGAUGUAUUUAUAAAAAUGUUUGUAUUUUUGUUGGAAUUUACAGUAAAUGCACUUUAGAAUGAACUUUAAAAGCACAAUGCAGGAAAAAGCUGGGUGAGGUUAGCUUGACUAUAUGGUGAGAUCAAUGUCAGCUUGCUCUAUGCAAAUAUGGUAUCAAGCGCAGCCUCAUUUGCAUUUUUUUUUUUUCAGAAGUACACCAUGCAUUUUAAAGUUUUCUGUGUGUAUUCAGUGCAUACGAUAUCAAUAAAAUCUCAUUUAUGUUG